CGAUCCGUUUCCCGUCUUUUUUUUUCUUUUUUCAUUUUUGCAAUUGUGAUUCCCGAAGUGGCUCCGAAGUGGUGUUGCGGCUCCUCGUCCCCGGCGGAUCCGGAGAUUGGAGUCUCUGCACCGGGAGGAGGCGGAGUCGGAGCUCCGGCCACACCGCAGGCUCCCAAGAGCGGCCGCGUCAAAAGGAUGGUGCGUCUGGCGGCGGAACUGCUGCUGCUCCUGGGACUUCUUCUCCUCACCCUGCACAUCACGGUGCUGCGCAGCAACCCGCUGCCACAAGCAAAUGGAACUCUGAGCGUGGAUCAGGACGCGACACUUAGAGAGCAGAACAACAUAAAUGUAAAAAGUAGCUCCUCUGCCCAACUGGCUCCUGAAGACCGGAGGUCCGGUCCAGAACACCGCUUGGCCCAUCGGCCUGCAACCCUCCCCUGGGCUCAAGGCAGCAAUGUACACAGGGAUGGCCCCGGAGCUUUCCUCCUAGAUCUGCACAAUUUCCCUGACCUCUCCAAAGCCGAUAUCAAUGGACAGAAUCCCAACAUACAGGUGACCAUAGAGGUGGUGGACGGACUGGAGGGUCACGAGCCAGAGAAAGGCCUUCGUAAGGAAAGCAAACCCAACUGGGCUUCACCUAACUGGAGAAACUGGUGGCCUCACACAUCUUCAUCCUCCUCCUCCUCCUCUUCCACCACCCACCAAACAGAGGAGCACGAUCGCUCCUAUGGGAGCAACACAGAGGACAGCAACUUCCUCAGGCCGCCGGCAGACUGGGACAGGAGGGGAAGCAAAGCUCAGACCGAAUAUGACUACAUGGACGGAGAGGGUGACUGGAGCAACUGGUCAGCAUGCAGCGUCACUUGUGGAAACGGCAACCAGAAGAGAACCAGGUCAUGUGGUUACGCCUGUACAGCCACCGAGUCCAGAACUUGUGAUAUGCCAAACUGCCCAGGUAUUGAAGAUGCCUUCAAGACAGCAGCUACUGAAGUGAGCCUGUUAGCUGGAACAGAUGAGUUCAAUGCCACAGAGCUCUUUGGUGUUGACACUGACAGCUGCGAGCGCUGGAUGAACUGCAAGAGCGAUUUCCUGAAGAAGUACAUGACCAAGGUGGCCAACGACCUUCCCAGCUGCCCCUGCUCUUACCCAACCGAGGUGGCGUACAGCACAGCAGACGUACACGACGCCCCCACGCGCCGAGACUUCCGCUGGAAAGACGCCAGCGGGCCCAAAGAGAAGCUGGAGAUCUAUAAGCCCACAGCCCGCUACUGCAUCCGCUCCAUGCUGACCCUUGAAUCCACCACACUGGCUGCACAGCACUGCUGCUACGAUGACAACAUGAAGCUCAUCACUCGCGGCAAAGGGGCCGGCACGCCCAACCUCAUCAGCACGGAGUUCUCAGCCGACCUGCACUACAAGGUGGACAUCCUGCCCUGGAUCAUCUGCAAAGGAGACUGGAGCCGCUACAACCAGGCCAGGCCACCGAACAACGGGCAAAAAUGUCCAGACAACCCUCAGGAUGAGGACUACUACAAACAGUUUGAAGAAGCGAGGGAAUUCUAGCCCGCUGUAGAGUGAAAAGGAAAGGAAAAAACACUGCUUAAGUAUUCAGUUAAACCUCAAGAAUGGUGCUGAAACCAUUUUUUAUUCAGUUUUAGGUCAAAUAACACAUGAACUUUUAGGCUCUGAGGAAAGACUUACUGCUCUUUGGAACCAAGAGGAAUGAAAAUCCAACACAACCCUACUUACUUGCUCGCAAGGAACUUUCUCUCCUCAAAACCAGACACAAAACGUUACUUUGUCUAUCUAAUAAAUUUUAUAAAGUAUGCCAGUAAUUUUGCUGCCAAUUGUAACUCAGAUUUGGUCACUAAAGGGAGAACUAACUUCAUAUUUGUUAAAAGGGAAAAUUACUGUCGUUGAAAUGUCCAUUUAGAUCAUGUUCGUCUCCGUAGAUUCUUUAUGUUUGUUGAAUCGGAGAGGCCUGUGGUAAUAGAAUAAAGAGAUCCCUCAGGAAUGUGUCAGGGAGGCGGGGGGCCAGGGUUAUCCUUCAUUUUGUCAUUCACAGUAUCCAGGAUUUCAUUUAAACUUGCGAGUAUGUUUAUUUAGCAUGCACAUUUUUUUUUUUAAUUCAUUAAUUUACCCCUGUAAUUUAACUGUGUCCCUUGUGUCGCUGAGGCAGAUCUUCAUUGUACAAAAAGCCUGCAUUAUUUUUGUAAAGUAUUUAUUAAGUUGUAGCUGUGUCUGAGUCGGGUGUCUAUGACUGUGGUUACUGAUUCACAUGUGGCUGAAUGCUAACUUGAGAUCCCGCUCCGGUUCGUACGUUGCCAUCGAUGUGCACAUCUCAAGUUAGGAUUCAAACCGUAAUAGAGCGUAAAGAAUGUGUGAAUUCAACUGUACGGAAAGAUUUUUUUUUUUUUGUUGAGAUAUAAAUCUAUAAAUAAAUUUUUUAAAAAGUCAGCGAAUGUGUUUAGAUGUUAGACAAUAAAUUCUCUCCCUCUCAAAA